AUGACCCGACACGCAACCCUGCACGGGGCUGUCGGGAAGCGGCCGCGCAAGGUGUCCUGUGUCUCAUGCGUCAAGCUCAAGGUCCGAUGUGACGGAGAGCCGGGGAGUGCCUGCAGGAGAUGUGAGGCUGCCCGGCGGCCGUGCCAGUAUCGGAGCCAUGUGGAUGACCCGACCCCGGCUGGCGCUCCGGACCAGACGGACCAGUCACUAGCCUCGACGGAUCUAAGCAUGAGGGAGGCUAGCAUGCAGCCCGUCUUAUCCCCCAACCCCAUCGGCCAUGCCUCUCAUCAUGACGCGCGCGGUGUUGUUGGCACGGCCACUGCAUUCCCAGCCUUGCCUGUGGAUGGUGGAGUGCCGACCCUGAAUAGCAUCUCAGAACCGAUACUAGCCUUCCCGGUGGACAGCUCCCAAGGCUUUAGCACAGACCCGUCCGAGAGCUUCUUUGGCUGGGACGUGGGCGACGUCGGCUCCGACGACAUGGACUUUCUCAACGUGUCGCUUCUGGAAUGGUUUCCGACGGCAGCAGCCAACGAAGAGGCCACCGAGCCCGUGCAAGAACCUGUCGACAGCGACGAGUCCGAAUCUCCAUCGUCGCAGCUUAUGCGGGAUGCCCAGCCCCCCGAUACUCCCUGGCCGCAUGUUUAUCACCCCAGCGAAAAGGAUGCCCAGAUCAACCUCUCGCCCGCCGCGCCAAAGACGCCCCCCUCCAUCCUGCAGCCUCAUCCCGGCCCCGUCACGGAACCCAGCCGGCAGGCCAUCAUCGCCCUCGUCAACGCCACGCACCGGCCCAUCUGGCCCGCCGUCGACGCCACCUGCCUCCCCUCCUCCUCCACGCUCUCCCUGUGCGUCAACCUGUACUUUCGGCACUUCCACGAGACCCUGCCUAUCCUGCGCCGCCUGGACCCCAUCACCUCGCCGGUGCUGCUGCUCGCCGUGGCCGCCGUCGGCGCCGCCUACUCUCGCGACGCGGCGCUGCGCAGUCUGGCGCCGGCUCUCAAUGAGCUCGCCCGGCGGGCCGUCGAGCGCGACCGCGGCGCGGCGUUUGGCCUCCCGUUCGUGCAGGCGGCGCUGCUGCAGGCUGUGUUUGGGCUGUUUUGCGGCUCGCGCAUGCUGUAUCAGCAUGCCGAGGUGAGUCGGGGCGGGCUGGUGACGGCGGCGCGGAGGAUGCACCUGCUGCGUCCGGGGCUGUCGUUUGUGCAGGAGCUGCAGAAGACGGGGGUGCAGCCGAAGAGGCGGCAGAUGGAGAUGGCGGCGGCCGCGGCCGCGGAUGACGAGAGACGGAAUCUGGGAUGGGGGGUCUAUCUCUACGAUAUGCAGAUAUCCGCCCUGCUGAACAUUCCGCCGCUCUUCUCCAUCUCCGAGAUCAACGUGCCUCUACCGGCUGACGCUGAUGGGACGUCGAGUUCACAGUCUUGCACGGAAUCACCGCCCAGCUUCCGAGCCGUACUCGACGCACUGCUCUCUACCGGAGAGCUGCAGCAUCCUUUGGGCUCAUUCAGUCUGUCCAUCAUCGCACACACGCUACUUUGCACAGACGCCGCAGCAGUCGAGGCCAUCUUCACCACGACCCCCCAGAGCCCAGGCGACCGUCGCUAUCGACUCGAAUUCCCACCCACCUUGAAAUACAACCCGCAAGAACUCCUCGACGAGCUCGCCGUCGCCUGCCACUCCCUCACCGCCCUGCCCAACGCCCUCUCCAUCGGCGUGUGCGCGCUGUCGCACCUGGGCCACGUGCAGUUCACCUGGCCGGGCUUCCUAAACACCGUAAAGGUCGCGGCGGGCAAGUCCGGCACGGAGGAGAGCAAGGCCGGCGCGCGGGCAUGGAUCCGGUCGCGCGUCCAGGACGACCCGGCAGGGGCGAGGUUCAUCCUCGCCCAGGCAGGACAGCUGAGCGCCUUGCUGGCGAGAUAUCCUUUUGAUGCGCCUGCGGAGACGGUGUUGUGUCUGGACGUCGCACUCACGUUCUGGGCGUUGCUCAAGUUCUCGAGCGAUUUAGGCGGUGCUGGGGGCGGCGCAAGACAGAGGCCGUUUUCCAUCUUUUGGUCCAACUGUGACGAUGCGGGCGAAUGGGUCAAGAACGGCGGCGCGGUCUACUUUCAAGGCCUCGGCGAGCUGAGGGAGCUCACGAGUGCCAAGUGUCUGGCCAUCUUCAGGCAGCGGAUGGGCAUCAUGUCGUGGGGAUUGGCGGACAGGUUCAAGCAUGUCUUGCUGAAUCUUGAACGAGAAGAGCAGGCAUUGUAA